AUGACAGUUCAACUCAAAGAUCAAGGCAUUACAGAUAAACGUCUCAGAUACAAUGCAGAUGGAACAAUUUUAUGUAAUAGCCUUGAAACUGAAGUUUUAUUGUCUGAAGUAUCUUCAGCAUUUGCUGAAAACAACAAAGGAAAAACUAGCUUUGACCAUUACAAAGCGAUGUUCGGUUUAUUAAUGAUGCUUCGUACUCUUGCUAGAAAAUAUAAAUAUGCUAGCUUUAAUAGUUUUAAGAACUUGAAAGUUCAUUUUAUUCACACUCAUAAUCAUGCAAUCCGACAUUGGAGUAUGUCCACUCCUUCCCCCGGAUUGUAUCUUAUGAACAAAGAACAAAAGGUGGAUAUUAUCAAGGAUUUUGAAAGAAAAUCUGAAGGUGUUAUUCCUUUCAUGAAUUUUACUAUUAGUUUAGGGGUAUAUGCAUCUUUAUUUUUUUUUUAUCUGUCAAGUAUAUUGAGGAAACGACUAACUUGA